AUGAUUAAAAUGAUGGUGACAGUAGUGAUUGUUUUUACCAUGUGUUGGCUGCCUUUUAACAUAUUGAUUUUGUUACUGAAUGAUGAUGUCUUGUUGGCCUGGGGACCAUUGCCAUACUUCUGGUUUGCAUUCCAUUGGUUGGCCAUGUCGCACAGCUGUUAUAAUCCCAUCAUUUACUGUUAUAUGAAUGCUCGCUUCCGCGGUGGUUUCCUGCAGAUUAUUUAUCGUGUACCAGGCUUACGUCGCUGUUGCUGUUUGCGUCGUUAUUUGCGCACACGUGGCGAUCGUAGUUAUGAAGCUACUGGUGAGAUGACCUUCAAAUUCAAUCGUCAUAAUGGUGGAGGUCUUAUAAGGAAACCUAAAAUACGAAUUAGGAACGGACGAUGCAUUCCACCUGCAACGUGUGAACACAUGCACCACAUACAUCAGCACAAGACGAAAGAUACGCACGAAUUCUAUGCACGCGAGUCAAUCUUCAUGUGCGGAAACAACGGUGUUGCGGUAGUGCCAGGUUCAUAAACAUCAUAAAUUCAAUAAUAAUGCGGAAAAAUUUAUGUAAACAGCAAAACCAAAUGGUGAAUUGGAUAUCACAUGCAUGCAUGAAGUAACCUCCUUCCAUACACAAGUCCGAAAAUGUUUUUAAUGCAUCCGCUUAUAUAACUAAUGAAAUCCUCUUUUUGUUAGAAACACAAAAAACAAUUCAAAAAUAAAUAUAGAAUUCAUAAUUAUUUAUUGUCUAAAUAAUAGUAAAAAUAUGUGUUAAUAGGUAGUAUUGUUUAUUUUAAAUAAAAUGUUAUUUUAUACGAA